GACGUUCGGCAGAGCGCCCGGCAUUACGGAAGCUACGUAAAGGAAGGCCUCCUUUCUGCCACCCUCAGAGCCGGCCUUUUCCGCCCGCGUCUCCUAGGCUAGGGCCGGUUUCCAGCGGCGGCGGCGGCGGCGGCGGCGGGAGGAAGGCCCUAGUCGGUUGGCCCCGGCGGAGCCUUCUCGGGGAGGGCGGGAGGGGACGAAACCACUAGGCCUCUCCCUCAGCUGAGGUAAAAUUAACCCCUUCUGGCCUGCACCCAACCCCAAGGCAAGCUAUUAAAAUGAGGCUUCCUUAACCAGAGGCGGAUCUCCUUUCCUCUCCCGCCUUCUCCCUUGUCCUCUUCUCCUCACGCUUCCCUUUGCCUUCCUUGCCCUUGAACCGUGUUUACUCGGAAGUAAGCCCCUCUGUGGUCAAUGGCGUUUACUCACAAGUAAGGGCGCAUCAGAUUUCCCUCUCCCUUCUGGCUGUCUUUGAAAAUUCCCCUUAAAAAUAGUGUGUGUUGGGGGUGGGGUUCCUGUCCUCUCAGGAAAAUCCCUGGAGAAAAAAAUAAUUGGGAGGGCUUUUUAGUGAUCUUUGGGGAGUUUGGGAAAAAAUAAUAAUAGUAAUAAUAAUAAUUGAGGGGCUUCCUACCUGAGGUGAAAAGAUGCCAGUACAGAAGAGGGGCAAGAGAUUGACCCAAGUGGCCCUUCUUAGUUUUGAGCCUCUUGCAAGACAGAGUACCUGUAAGAAAUUCCUUUCCCGUGGGUCUUUAGAGAAUUUUUAUUCCAAUUUUCUUAAUUUUACCAGUGAUGUUCUGCAGGUUCUCUGAAAAAUAGCUUAUGGGGUCCCCCGUGGAGAUGAUCUGAAAAAUAAUUUGGAGGGUCCCCAAUGAUUUUUUGGGGUCUAGAACCCUGAGAAAUUGGAGCCUCCCUCCAAACCCAGGAUUUCUUUAACCUCCCCGUCUUUGGCCAGAGGCCCUUUAGACCUUCUAGAUCUUACACAUCCUUAGUCCAGGCUUCAGGGCAGCAGCCAUGUGGCACAAGUCGGUGUGUGUGGCCUUGCUGGCUUUGGCAACGGGCUACGUCUUCUUGCUGGAUCCUGAUCUGCCAGACUCAGUGCGGGAGUACAUCUCGUCCUCCUUCCUGUACCAGCUGCGGGGGGACCUCGCAUCCCCAGAGAGAAGAAUGGCGGCUGCUUGGAACUCACUUAUCAUCCAGCCCGCCAAGCAGUGGAACAAAGUUGCUGUUGGAGUCAAUGCUUGUGUAGAUGUGGUCCUUUCGGGUGUGAAGUUGUUGCAGGCCCUUGGUCUAGAUUCCGGAAAGGGACAAGACCACUCAGUCUUGCAGUCCAUGACAGAUUUGAAGGAAGCCUUUGCUCAUUUCAUGGGAAAGGGUGCUGCUGCGGAGCGGUUCUUCAGUGAUGUGAAGUCUUUCCACCAUAUUGCACAGACUGCUUCCGAGUAUCCUGGGGCACAGCUAUACGUGGGAGGAAAUGCUGCUCUUAUUGGACAGAAAAUCGCGGUGAACCCAGACCUGAAGGUUCUGUUGUGUGGCCCGAUUGGUCCUAAACUCCACGAACUGCUGGAUGAAAACAUAAUUGUCCCUCCAGAAUCCUUGCAAGAGCUGGAUGAAUUUCAUCUGAUUCUGGAGUAUCGAGCAGGAGAAGAGUGGGGGCAGCUGAGAGCCCCGAAUGCCAACCGCUUCAUCUUCUCCCAUGAUCUGACCAAUGGAGCCAUGAACAUGCUGGAAGUGUUUGUGUCCAGUCUGGAGGAGUUUCAGCCAGACUUGGUGGUGCUCUCUGGUCUUCAUAUGAUGGAUGGCCAGAGCAAGGAGGUGCGUCAGAAAAGGCUCCUGGAGGCUGUGGCUGCCAUCUCUGACAUCCCCACCGAUGUCCCUGUGCACCUAGAGCUGGCCAGUAUGACCGACCCAGACUUUAUGAGUGAGAUAAUCCAUCAGCAGGUCUUCCCUCUUGUGGACUCAAUUGGCUUGAAUGAACAGGAACUACUUUUCCUCACUCAAGCAGCUGCCGGACCGCACGCCACACUGAUAUCCUGGAACGGAAUCCCAGAUGUGGGCAUCGUCAGUGACAUCCUUUUCUGGAUCCUGAAGGAAUACGGAAGGACUCCAAAGAAGGCAUCGGAUCUGACUCGGAUCCAUUUUCACACAUUGGCUUAUCAUAUCCUGGCUACCGUGGAUGGCUACUGGGCCAACCAGGUUGCAGCUGUCGCUGCGGGUGCCAGAGUGGCCAGCACACAAGCUUGUGCCGUGGAGACCAUUGACACGGACAGAGUCUUCCUUAAAGCUCCAAGGGAGUUUGCCACUUCCCAGAUGGGGGAGUCUUCUACAGUCUCUUUGAAUCCUAGUGAGCCUGUGUCAGAGUGGCACAGGGAUGGUAUCUCGUUCCACUACACUCCAGUCCUGGUGUGCAAGGAUCCUCUGAGGACCGUUGGCCUUGGUGAUGCCAUUUCUGCCGAAGGACUCCUUUAUUCAGAAAUCUCUUCUCAGUAACCUCUACAUAUCUCCCCACAGUAGUUUGGACUGUGCCAUACAGGUGCGGACUGGAAGAACCAAAGCUGAAGUUGGGUCCAGUUCAACAAUCUGAUGGGAUCACAGGGACACUUGCAGUUUAAUCGCAAGGCAGUUAAAAAUCGGGACCACUCCUCCCCCACCCACCCCCAAAUGGCAGCUUAAAACCAAACCAAAGCAGCUACUGCUUCAAGUUGAUCGUUUGCAAUGACUUUAAAAGCUACGCACCACACUGAAACAGUGGGUGUCAUCAUCUCGUUUCAGGGUAGGCAAAAAGCAGUUGUUGCCUCUUCUUGACAUUCCUAAUGAGUGAAAGUGAACAUUUCAUGUUCUUGUGGUGCAAUCAGAUUUCCCUUUCUCACCUAGCAUUCCUCCACGCGAACAAUCCUAAAACGUUCCAACAGCUGCACAAAGAGAGAUGAACAAGAGGGACUCAUCUCAAAUUUUUUGGAGGAAAGGUGGUGUUUCCUGCAAGGAUGGACCGUGCUGACCUUACCCGGACUCCUUUUAUGUGAAAAACUCAAUCUCAUGUAUUUCUGUGGCUGGUAUAUACUAACUUCUACCCUCUAAUCUUGCUUUGUUUUAUAACUAUUGGAAGACAAAUCUUUUCUACUGCCACAAUGAUAUUUGAGGCAGUAACUGAAGGUUAUAUAAAAAAAAGGGAGAGGUGUCAGUAUAAUUUGACUCAGCUCCUAAUAUAACGUGAGGAGGGAGUGCAGCUAAGUGGGGCAAGUGCCAAAGAAUACUAAUGCACUGCAAAAACACCAAGAGAACUCCUCGUUCCUGCUAAAUGCUAACCUUUCCAGCAGGAGGGAAAAUAAGAUAACUGAUGCGCUCUUCCAUUUCUGGCUUCCUGUUAUUCCAGGAAGCAUACAACCCCGCAGGCAAGCAUUUCUCCAUAGCUCAGGGGCCUUGUGUACAGAUCUUUUGUGUUUUCCCCCCACUUUCUCACUUUCCACUCCCCUUUGUCUCUCAAGCUGUGAAGCUGCAGCCAUGUAUAGACAUUUGCAGGACAUGAGAUGGUCUUCACAAUGCACACUCUGGUAGUGUUGGGCUUGGAUUCUCAACUUCACAUCCUUGCUCAGAUGCGACACUCACUGUCUAGAGCCUUCAGGGACGUUCUUCUUUCACUCAAUCCAGCCCGUCUUCAUAGCUUGUCAUGAAUUUUAGCUUUCUAUCUCCAAUCCCCAGUGAGGAAAGAGUAGAUUAAAAUGUAACAGAUAGUGAAAUGGAGUGCUAGGGGAUUGUGAUGGAAAGAGACUGGGACAAGAUUAAUGUUCCUGGAUUUGAAGGUGUCAUCAGCUGUAACAGCUGAAAUAUUUACCUUCCUUCUUUACCUAGUGGCCACAAAUGUCUUCAGAAUCAAGGAAUGUCAGAAACUUAUUGUGGACUCUGAUUAGGUUUUGUUUUUUAUAUGUGUAGGAUGUUUUGGGAGACCCAAAAGUUUUGCACUGAGAGCCUAGCAAAUCAGUUUCAAGAUGAUUUUUAACUUGUGGAGUUAGAUUCCACCAGUGUAGGCAUUGAAUAAAGGCUUUUGCGUGUGCUCACUUGGUUAAAAACCCUUCAGGAUCUUUGGUUUCUGGGCAUUCUGAAGAAAAUGAGUACAGAAGUGUUUUAUCAUAUUGGCUUGUUUCCUGCUCCAACAAAUAAUUGGCUGCCCGUCCUGAAUUCUCAGAGGCUUAUGGGAGUAACACUAGCAGGAAUCUUGCAGUCACUGAGGUGUGGGAAAAGACAACAGAGCCCAAAAUGCUCCUAGAAAACAAGAAUUUCCAAAUGGCCCAGAUACCAACAGAGGCGAUUUGGAAGAAAAAGAUAGGGCUCUGUUUAUUUCAGCUGGAUGUAGUUCUGCUGCUCAGCACCAAGUCAGGGAUUUCCCCUCCCCUCUUACUUUGAAGUGAACGAUCACACACACACACACACACCCAAAUUGGGGCGCCUUGAGCUUGCCUGGUCUGAUCUGCAGAACUUCUCUUCAGUCAGGCCAAGGCUAUAUUUAAGGAUCAAACUAGAAAUGGAGGUGAAAUGAUGCAUUCAAAUAGUGUUGAACAGAUGCCAAGUGAGUAGCAGUUUAGAAGUGGGGGGUGGGGGUGGGCAGGAGAGAUGGAUGCUUAACUCUCUGUCUGUGUGCUGCUUGCCUAUUGUCCCUCCCUGCUACUGUUUUCCUUUCUACUGGGCUUAUUUCUUGCCUCAGUCUCCGGGUAGAUGAUGUAGGAAACCAGCACAUGAUAAAUUCAGUACUACCUUAUCCUCUGCCUGAAAUCGCCACCCUGGCCUCUCUGUUUUAUAGAUGUCUGCCGGCUGCAUUCAGACAUCUCAAAGAAACCUCUGUUUGUUUGUGACGGGCAGAAACUCGAUCUACACCUGAUCUAGUAUCACCACACCCUUCAAUUAAAAAAACACAUCUCAAGCAGGAAAUGCUUGCAUAAAUGGGGGCCAGCAUUUUUCUUAAAUGCAUGUAUGUCAAACAGUUGAGACAGCUUUUGAUAAAAGUCCAUCACAGCUUUAACUGCAA